AUGGCGUCCCGGUACAGCGCCGCCAGGCCCAAGCGCGACGGCGAGACCUACGCCCGCCAGCACCACAAUGCCGAGCCCGACAGCAAAAAGGUCAAGUUCGACCUGCGGAAUCCCUCGGCCCUCGCCCCCGAUGCCGACCCAGACGACGACGGGGCACCCGACGUGUUCCUCGAGGCCGACGCCGACGUGAUCAAGGGCGGGCUGACUACCAAGCGCGGUGCUGUCAACAUUGAUGGCUACGACUCGGACUCGGACCGCGAGGAGCUUGGCUCGCUUCACGCCGGUGCCAAGGCGAAGCCCGCCGCACCAAAGGCUGACGAGGACAUGGACGACAUGUUUGGAGACGAGGACGAGGACGACCCAAAAGACGACACUGUCGAUGAAACGUCGGGAAAGACCAGCAAGGAGGUCAGGUUCCUCGACACAGACCAGAUCGAGGGCCAGGACUCGAGGUCGAAAUCCGGCGGCCAGAUCCGCCUCGACGAGGAGUCCGACGAUGACGACGACGAGGAGGCCAGGAGGCUCGCUAUCGAGGCGGAGGGUAUAGAUGAAGAAGUAGGACUUGGUGGCCUCAAGAAGCAUGCGCCCAAGGUGGAGGCUUUCAACCUCAAGGCGGAGGAGGAGGAGGGCAAAUUCGACGAGUCGGGCAACUUUGUCCGCAAGGCAGUGGAUCCCGACGCUGUCCACGACCGGUGGCUGGACGGCGUCAGCAAGAAGGAUGUCAAGAAGGCUGCCGAGGCCCAUCAGAAGCGCGAGGAGGAUGCACGAGCGAAGCGCAAGGAGGACGACAGCUUUUUGACGUCAGACCUCCUCAGAUCACUGAUUCUCUGCCUCGAGCCAGGCGAGACGGCACUCGAGGCGUUGGCGCGCCUCGCAAAAGGACAGGUGAAGCAGAAAAAGGUCCCAAAAUGGAAGCAAAAGAAACAAAAGCCAGACGCGAUGGAGACAGAUGCAGAGAAAGCCGAGGAGGACCCAGAACAGGUUCGCAUAAAAGAGGCGAUCAACGCCAUUACCGAUGCCGCGGACAAGCUGCUUGGGAGAGACCGUCCAGAAAUCUACGACACGGAGCGCGAGCGCUUGAUACGCGAGUAUACACGCGAGACAGAAGAGCCGUGGAAGGAGCCGCGGCAGGAAGAAACCGCAGCUGAUGACGACACAGAGACUCAUCCCGCUGCCACCAAGAUGUGGGAGUUCAGAUGGGUCGACGGCCGUGAUGAUACGCCCAAGCAGGGACCAUACGAUGGUGCCACCAUGAAGGCGUGGCAGGACGCUGGCUACUUCGGCGAGGGUGUCGAGUUCCGACUCGCUGGUGAAGAAGAUUGGAGUCGGACGGCUACUUUCGUCUGA